AUGAGGCGAGCGGCGCGUCCCGGGCUCUGCGCGCUCCCGCUGCUCUCGGGGGCGGAAUCAGCGCCGGGAGCGGGAUGGGAAGAGGAAGGGAAACUCCCGCGGGGAGGGACGGGAGAGGAGCGGGAGAGGAACGGGAGAGCUCCGGGAGAGCUCCUCAGCAGGGAUCGGCUCCCGCCGGAUAUUGCGGAUCCCGCGGCUCCGGGAGCCCCGGGCGGCUCUCGGGCAGGAUGUUCCCCCCCGCCGGGCUGCAGGAGACGCUUCCCCAGGGAGCACGGGCCGUGGUGGCACGGGUCACGGCCGUGUCCCCCUCCCGGCCCCGAGGACACCUGGCAUGAGCCACCCUGGGACCAGCCACCCUGGGAGCACCAGGACAGGAGACACCAGCACAGGAUACACUCGCCCAGACCCAGGGACCCCAGAGCCUUCCCUGAGGAUGUCCCGUGGAAGGAGGAGGAGGACGGGAGAUGGGGACCCCACAGCCGCCCCCCAUGGCCCCCCUGGGAUGACAGAGAAGAUUUCCAAGGACUCGAGGACGGCUCUGAAGAGUGCUGGUACCUGGAUCCGCCGCCUGAUCCCUGGCCGGAAUUCCCCGAGGAGGAGCGGCCGCCACCCUGGCCCCCCGCCAGCCCUCCCCGGAAUCCAGGAGCUUUCCCGGGACGCUGGAGCCAUCGCCCGCCUGGGAGACGCCGCUUCCGCAGGAGCCACCACCGGCAGCUGACCGUGGUGCCCCGGGCGUGGUGUCCCCGUUCCCCCCGAGGGCACAAGCCGCACUCCAAGCCCUCUCCUGCCCCCUCCAAGAGCAGCCAGCCGGCGGCCAGGAAGGAGCCGCAGCCCCCGGAUCCUCCCCAGCCCCCUGCUCCCCUCCGAGGCGCUGAGGAGAGGCCGGAACAGCCGCAGGAUGCGCCGGUGGGGAGUGGGAAUGUCCCGGAGCCCCCAGGGCCGGCCGGGAGCCCCCCGGAGAGCCCGGCUGCCGAGCCCAGCGCCGCCGAGCCGCCGGUUGAGCUGGAAGCCGGGCAGACCCCUGUGGGCAGCCAGGAUCAGCAUCCCUGUGCUUUGGGAACGGAUCCAGCCCCUCCGGAGGAGACCUCCAGGCAUCCUGAGAUCCAGGAGCACCUUGAGGUAGAGCCGUGCAGUCCAGGUGUCCCCGAGGCUGGCACCGCUCAGGGGUCACAUCCCCAGAGCCCAGCAGCCCCUCCAGACCCUGCCAAGAGGGAACUCCUGGAAUCCAGCUCCUCUGGAGAGGCAGGGGCUGAGCUCAGCCCACAUCCCUGGGAACAGCCGCCGCGUGGAGCUGGAGAAGCCGAGGCAGAAGCUGCCCAGGAUGGGCCUCUGCAGAGCCUUCAGCCACCCGAAAACCCUCAGGUCUCUCCAGGAUCUGCAGCAGAACCCGAGGCCCAGCCCAGCCAGGCUUCUCCUGGUGCCUGCACCACACCAGAGACCUCCCUGGGACCCCAGCACCCACCUGGGUCCAGUGAGACAAAUCCGGCUGUGUCUGCCCUGCAGCAGCUCUGCUCCGUGCUCCCGGCACCAUUCCCGGCCGGCAUCGAUUUCCGCUCUGCCGCCGUCCUGGCCAAGAAGGAGCAGAUCGAGCUGUCGUACCAGCAGUUCAGCCUGACCAUCGCCGUGGUGGCCACGAUGCUGCUGCAGAAGGAGCCCUCGAUGGAGGCGGCGCUGGGGCUGGCGCUCAGGGCCAACCUCCGCCAGCGCCGCAUCCACCACCUGCAGGAGCUGGAGGAGUUCAUCGACAGCUACGACCUGGCCGCCGCCAGCCUCUGAUGGCAGCCACCCCCUCCUGCCAGCUGGGUGGGGCUGGUGGCGGCUGUGGCAGGGCUGUGACAGCGCCCUGGGGUGCUCAGGAGGGCGCUGAGCUUGUGGGAGAUGUUUGCAGCCCCGUUCUGUCUCUCCAAGGAGGAGGGUGAGCAGGGUAUGUUUGGUUUUAGCUGUGCCCAAACCCCUGAGUGCAGCAAAAGUUUUAUUGGAAGGCAGUGGGACGGAGGGCAGGAGGCCCCCUGCUUCAUUCCUGAUUGCUGGGGACGUGUCCCCAAACCCCAGCCAGUGUUUUUGGGUUUAAAUCUGAAAUAAACCGUGUUCUC